AUGUUAAGGGUUACCGAUGGUGGCUUGACCCAAUGCUUCUACCUGGACCUCGAUGCCAAAUUCGCCGAACAACAUCAACUGUUGGUCAAUGGACUGCAUUUGUCGCCAUUCCCAUCGCAUCAUCAUCCGAUUAUGAAGUACAUCCCGCUUGAGCUACCCGAUGACGUUGCACGAUUCUUCAUCACCAAUCACCAAACUGGCUUUGCCAUGGUCUUUGUCAGUCUCGACGAUCUCACAUACAACAGCAUCGAGAAUGUAUUGCCAAUGGAUGGAUACAUUGGUAAACGUAUCACCUCAACGAAUGAACAGAAUGGUACCAUGUCAAUCAUACAAUGUGACAAUGGCCCUGGCGUGUAUCGAUGCCCCCUGUCACUCAAUGAUGAACUCAAGCGCACUCUACUUGACAUGCAUGGACUGGGCCUCUACCUAACGCCACUGAACCAGCAAGCUCGAGGUGGCAAACGAUUCAUAUUCACAUCUAACUUGCUCAGCAAGGCAUUGACAGGCAUCGUCAACACAGCCUUCAAGGAUACGCCUGAGCUCAUCAAUUCAUUCAGUCAUGUCAAUGAAGUGUUCCGCUACAACUCAUUCCAGCCCACGGACAAGAAGUUCUCUGUACACAUUGACACGCCCUACUUUGAUGCCAAGAGUUCGCUCUACUCCAAGUACACCAUGAUCAUCUACCUCACGCGUGGAAGAGGCACGGUCGACAACCCCGUGUUGCGUCUCUUCCCAACCAACUCAAGCACACCUUGCGACUUUGUCGAGAUGGACGAGUUCACAGCGAUCAUCUUUGAUCAGAAACUAGAGCAUGAGGGUCAUCCAUUUGCCCUGGCGCCAGAGAGUGACAGCAACAUCAAGAUAUUCAUGCGAACUGAACUGAUAUACAGGAACGAGAUGAAGUCUGAGCAGAUUAACCAUCCAGACAUUGCACGACUGUUCAACAUAUCAUGUUACACCGCACUGCAGGGCACGCGCAACCCCGAACUCAUGCGAUACUCAAGCGAUCUCUUCAACCAGGUGGCCAAGCUGCGUCGUCAGCUACAUGUGGAGCACGCUGACCUUGUGGCGGCCGACGUCCCCAUGCUAUUCAAGACGAUUGAGCGAUGUCAAUCUCGAUUCAUCACCAAUGGACAUGACUACUGGUUCUCUCUAACUGAUGAAACAAACACACCAGAUCAUAUCAAGCAGUGUGCCAUGGUAUGUCUGUUGGACUACUUCAAUGGCAGGCUACAGGGCACGACCACCAAUCGCCAUCUGGUCAAGCACACGGUCAUACCAGACCUGCACUACCUCGAUGGGGAUGAUGCGAUCGUGGACAAGUUAUACAAGAUGUUGGGCAUGCACGGCCAACAUGGUCCUGUUAAUGUCUCAUCACUCGUCGACUGCACCCUGGACAUGCAACAGAAGGGUGACCCCAAGAUCUGCUGUCCAUAUCACCAUAGCUUCUGCUUUGACAGCCCACAGAAUAUGAUCGAGGUUCCAGACAUUGCCACCGCCUUCAACUACAGCCUAUACGGACUUUCCGAUGCCAUGAACAAGUUCUCGGUGAGCAUUCUCAACAAGACCAUUCACAUCAACUAUCAAGACAUUGAGGUCGAUGACCAGAAGGUGUACUUCAAGGAGACUGGCACACAUCCUCGCAUCAACUUUGCAUCGUGUUGGGCGGACAGCAACUAUCCCGAGGACUUUGUCAUCACCAAUGGCGUGCCCGUAGCAACAUUCAAAUGUCCAUCAAUCACCUACUUGCGAGUUGUCACUGGCAGAGGCAAGAUAGCACUGAUGAUGUCCAUUGAUAUGUUCAACAAUGGAUACAUGUUGGGACCUGUCACCACCUCAAUGCCAAUGCCUACCGUCAUUGUGGAUCCGCCUCCACAUCAGUAUGAAGAAUAUACCUACGAUGAUGAAGAUGUUUUCGAGGAUAUGUUUGAUCUAAAUGAGCAAUUGGAUCAAUUGGACAAUGAACAAUAA